GAAAGAGACUUGUAACUAAAUGAUUCGUGUUGGACUUACGAGCAUCCAUCUGUUCAUUCCAUACUGAUUAAUCUGCCAGUAAAUAAGGCGGUGAAGGAGACAAUGGACAGUGCAGUCCAAGAUCUUAUUCGUCCCAUAUACAAAAACGGAAGAUAUGAAAAUCCGUUUGACACAUGGGAGACUACAGGUGGGAUUGGGAACAUCUUCAAAAUGAUGAGGAGUGAAGACUUCAGCAAAAUACCUAAUCAGAGGGAGUUGGAUAAAACCCUACCAGUGGAAACCCCCGAUUUCCGAAAAUUACGGAACCCACCACAAUCUGAGCUUCAAAUAAUGUGGAUAGGCCAUGCCAGUGUGUUGGUACAGAUGGAUGGGGUUACUAUUCUAACCGAUCCAAUAUUUCUGGAUAGGUUCUCCCCUGUACAGUCUAUGGGACUAAAACGAUACCGUCCUCCACCCUGCAAAAUAGAAGAUCUACCACAUAUAGACUGUGUUAUUAUCAGUCAUAACCACUACGAUCACCUAGACCCUGGUAGUGUACAAAGCCUCAAUUCCAAGUUCAUUGAUAAGAUCACGUGGUUUGUAGCGGCGGGAACGAAGGAAUGGAUGUUGAAUGUAGGUUGUAAGAAUGUGAUUGAAUUGUCAUGGUGGGAAGAAGCGGAGUUACCUGGAAGACCAGAUUUUAAGAUUGCUUGCGUCCCUUGUCAACAUCAAAGUCAACGUAGUUUAUGGGAUUAUAUGAAGGCUCUCUGGUGUGGUUGGAUUGUCAAGGGACCCACGAAGAGUUUCUAUUUUGCUGGAGAUACAGGCUACUGUAGUGGUUUCAAACAGAUCGGAAGAAAGUAUGGGUCUAUAGACUUGGCUGCAAUCCCAAUAGGAGCCUACUAUCCAAGGUGGGCUACGAGACCUUGGCAUGUAGAUCCGGAAGAGGCAGUGAAAAUAUUUGAAGACGUUGGAGCAAAGAAUGCCUUGGGUAUACACUGGGGAACGUUCAGGUUGACAAAAGAGUUUUAUUUGGAACCUCGGACAAAGCUUGGAGAGGAGCUGGAUAAGAAGAAUAUAAGUAGAGAUAAAUUCUUCACACUCCGUCACGGUCUGGUACACACAAUCGGACAAAAUAUACCUGAACAUACCUAAUUAUGUCUCUAACGUUUAGUUAACCCAUGACCUACAAUCCCACACAAUAGAACGCCUUCAUCUUUUCACAUACUUUAUGUUAAGAUACUGAUGAUAAUGACAUUUCAUUUGUUAUUUAUCACUUUCUAA